CCCAGAGCGGCAACGACAGUUACGCGCUUGCGGGAAUCAAGCGGGCGCGACCACUCGCUCUUUACAACCGCUGGAAUGGGGCGGGACCGCCGCCACUGUUGCUAUGGAAACCGAGCGGAGGGGCGGGGGCUCGGCGGCCUCCUCACGUGGCCCGCUCCGCUCCGCCUUCCCGCCCCGCCCAGAAGUUGCCGUUUUAGGCUGGGCGAGGGAAACGCGGAUGACGUAACAUCCUUGACGUUCUACGGCAGGCCACGCUGGGGAGGCGGUCUUCUGGACCAGAAAGACUCCACUUCCCAGAAACCUUCGGGACAGGGCGCGUCAUUUCCGGUCUGGAAGCUGGCCCGUGGAACGGCGCUCGGUGCUCUUCGCCUGCAGUCCCCCCGUGGCAUUCCACCAAUGGCCCAAGGCACAGAAGAAACAGAAAGGCUACUGAAGAGAAUCCAGGAGCUGGAAGAGACGGUGCAAAAGCUAGAAGGCAGGCUGUUGGAGAACAGGAAAAGCCCAGGCGAAGGGAAUGGCCUCCCAGCAUCAGGAAAGGGGAAGAAACGUCCACAGCGGCCGUUCAAUUUCAGUGCGUAUGCCCAGAGGCAUGUGGCACUAAAGAUCGCCUACCUGGGGUGGGAAUAUCAGGGCUUUGCCAGCCAGGAGAACACCCACAAUACAAUAGAAGAGAAACUCUUUGAAGCUCUGGGAAAAACUCGGUUGGUGGUCAACAGACAGACUUCUAACUAUCAUCGCUGUGGACGCACCGACAAGGGAGUCAGUGCUUUUGGACAAGUGAUCUCUUUGGAUCUCCGGUCAAACCUUUCAGAGAAUAAAUCUGGGGUUGCAGCAGAAGGUAAAGGUCCUAUUUCAGAGAUCCGCUACACCCAUAUUUUGAAUCAGGUACUCCCUCCUGACAUAAGAGUAUUAGCAUGGGCCCCUGUAGAUCCUAGCUUCAGUGCUAGAUUCAGUUGCCUGAAGAGGACCUAUCGCUAUUUUUUCCCCUGUGCGGAUCUGGAUAUCGCUCUUAUGCAUGCUGCAGCUCAAAGAUUUGUAGGGAACCACGAUUUUCGUAAUCUCUGCAAAAUGGACGUCGCCAACGGUGUGACCAACUUUCAGAGGACAAUCCUGUCUGCAGAAGUGAAGCUUGCAGAUCAAGAAAGGAAAGCGGAAGAACGAAACCCUUUCCAAAUGUAUGUGUUUCAAGUAACGGGACAGGCAUUCCUCUAUCACCAAGUCCGCUGCAUGAUGGCCAUCCUCUUCCUGAUUGGACAAAGGGUGGAGAAGCCUGAGAUUAUUGAUGAAUUGUUCGAUAUAGAAAACAAUCCUAGGAAACCACAAUACAGCAUGGCAGUGGAAUUUCCUCUAGUUUUAUAUGACUGUGAGUUUGAAAACAUCCAGUGGAUCUAUGAUCAUCAAGUCCAGGAAUUUAACGUUACACGCUUUCAGCAGCUUUGGACGAACCACGCUAUUAAAACUCAGAUGCUGUACAGUAUGUUAUGGGGCCUGGAUUUUGCAAAGAUAACUACAGAGCCAGCUUCAAGCAAUAGCACAACAAUACUCUGGAGAGAGGUAACACCACCAGUCCACAACCAGAUUAGUGCUUUAAUCGAGGGAGUGAAAGCCCGCAAUUACAAACCGUUAAUGGAUCGGCCCAAAUGUGAAGGUCUAGAAUCUCGUAUCAGUCAUUUUGUGCGCAGAGGACGCAUUGAACAACCAAAUUUGAAAAAAACAAAGCAUCCUGAAAGGGAAUUUGAUGAGCAAAUGGAAAUUAAGAGCAACCAGGUGGAUUCUAUUGAAUUCAACAAGGAAAUUCCAGAACAAGCUGCAAAAAGGAUAUGUAUUAGUACAGACUGAAUUUUAUUGACGCUAUCUUGCUAUCUUUAAACAAAUGAAAUUACCUUAAGCAGAUAUCUAAAAUUAUAAUGGUUAUUACAUUACAUGUAGACUUUCAUACAUUCCCUUUAACCUUCAAAAAAUAAAUAUUUUGUUAUAUAACUAACAGGCAGAUAUCCAAUUAUUAAAAAAAAACCUGAAUCA